CAAGUGUCUGCGAGAGACACUGAAUCCUGCCAUGUUGAGCAAUGGAUCGCAGAGCACAAAUGCGUUGGUAGCACCAGCAAACAACAGAGGCUGCGAGAGAUUAUUGCAGAGGAAGACAAUUUAGCGGCUGUUCAACCAGCAAUUUUAUUUCUGCUCGGCGGAAUGCAAAAAGGUGCCCGAGGCAGAAUAUUCAGUGGAAUGACAGACUGCGGUGACAGUAGAGGGAGCGAACUGUGAGCUUACUGCGUUUGACCAGGCCCUGGCAGAGACAGUUCCUCAUCACCUCUCAGUUUGUCUCAAUCAUACAGAUGUAAAAGCAAAACUGAAAGAGGAAUAUGGGGAUUGGCUGUCUGUCGUGUGUUUCCACCAGCUGAGGCUCAAAUAAACGCUGCUCGACAAGCAGGGGGAGCAUGUACAAGAGGAAUGGCCUGAUGGCCAAUCUGAGAGUGACGUCUGCCACACCAGAGGGCAGCAGUAGUUCAGACUCUCUGGAUGGACAGUACUCGGAUUAUGCUAUGAAAAGCUAUGAUGCCGUUGUAUUUGACGUACUGAAAGUGACACCUGAAGAGUUUGCUAGUCAAAUCACUCUAAUGGAUGUCCCAGUAUUUAAAGCGAUACAACCAGAGGAGCUGACCAGCUGUGGAUGGAAUAAAAAGGACAAACAUAUCCUGGCACCAAAUAUUGUUGCAUUUACAAGACGGUUUAAUCAAGUCAGUUUCUGGAUUGUUCGAGAGAUCCUGACUGCUCAAACUUUGAAAAUAAGAGCAGAAAUAUUGAGCCAUUUUAUAAAACUAGCCAAGAAGUUGCUCGAAUUAAACAACCUUCAUUCUCUCAUGGCUGUGGUCUCGGGCCUACAAAGUGCACCAAUAUUCAGGCUCUCGAAAACCUGGGCACUAGUCAGUAGGAAAGACAAGGCUACAUUUGAGAAACUGGAUUAUUUGGUGACGAAGGAAGACAACUACAAGAGAAUGCGUGAAUUCAUCAGCAGCUUGAGGAUGGUUCCCUGCAUCCCUUACUUAGGAAUUUACUUGUUGGACUUGAUCUAUAUUGACUCAGCCUAUCCUGCAUCAGACAGCAUCAUGGAAAAUGAGCAGAGAUCGAAUCAGAUGAACAACAUUUUGAGGAUCAUUUCAGAUUUACAAGUUUCUUUCAAUUGUGACUAUCUGGUAACAUUACCCCAUGUGCAGAAGUACUUGAAAUCUGUACGGUAUAUCGAAGAGCUACAAAAGUUUGUCGAAGAGGACAACUACAAACUAUCUUUGAAGAUAGAACCAGGAAACAGUUCUCCUCGUCUGGUCUCUUCCAAAGAGGAUCUAGCAGGUCCCUCUGAGGUUUCAGCCUCAGUGAGAUACAGCCGGAGACCAACCUGUCCUGAUGCCUCUGUAGUAGGAAGCCUGAACACUCCCCCGGUGCCCAGACACAGGAAGAGCCACAGCCUGGGAAACAAUGUGAUGUGCCAGCUUAGUGUCAUUGAAAGUAAAAGUGCAACAUUCCCAACAGAGCGUCCACGGCACCUACUGGAUGACAGUGUUCUUGAAGGUCACAGCCCAGCCAAGAAUCAGGAAAGUUCCAUUUUUUCCAAUGGAGUUUCGAUAGGAAGCAGCGAAAGCUCUGAGUUCAGUGAAGAGCUGUCCUCAGGAUUGGAGAGGAAUCGGUUGUAUGCAACACUAGGUCCCAACUGGCGGGUUUCAGUAAAGAAUUCUCCAAGGAGUCGAUGCAAUAUUAACAGUCCAACUGACGCAUGCAGUUGCCCCCUAAGUGGUGCAGCCGGAGCCAUCACCAUAGAAGGACCAUUGAGACGGAAAACUUUACUGAAGGAAGGCAAGAAGCCAGCGAUGUCAUCCUGGACUCGCUACUGGCUCAUACUUUCUGGAUCACUUCUGCUGUAUUUCUCUGCAAAGUCACUCAGAGCUUCUGAGAGGAAGCAUUUCAAAUCAUCACCAAGUAAGAAGGUAUCCAUAGCAGGAUGGAUGGUCGUUCUACCUGAUGAUCCAGAGCACCCAGACAUCUUUCAGCUAAGUGAUCCUGACAAAGGUAACGUUUACAAGUUCCAGACCAGCUCAAGGUUUCAUGCGAUACUGUGGCACAAACAUUUGGAUGAUGCAUGCAAAAGCAACAGGCCUCAGAUACCCACUAACCUUAUGUCGUUUGAGUGAACAUAUGGAUCCAGUACACAUGACGUGAUCAAAGUGCCAACCCAAGCAAUGGGAAAUAAAACUUUUAAGUGAAGAGAAAAAAAACAAUCUUAUGAGGAGAAAUCUGUGCAUCAACUGCCAGCGUUGAAUACUGAAGCACUUUUUUUGAAGCUUACUACAUGACCCCGAAAUGAUUUUGGUAUGUCUUGAAAGAGGAAGUGAACAACUGCUCCUAAUUUAUGGUAUCGGCUGCAGACAUUAGGCACAGUUUUAGCAUUGGCGAAACUACAGAAACUGACUACACUGCAAGGAGCACAGGUGUCAACCAAGGAACUGUGCAUAAUAACUGCUGCCUAAUUUUUUUUUUAAUGUUUGUUUUUUUUCUUAAGCUGCUUUAUUGUAAUGGAACAAUUUUUAGCCCAUGUUGGGUAUUAACUUUCUUAUGCACAAAACAUACUACUGACAGUGUUAACAGGCUGCAUUGAGUGGCAUUUAGAAUAGUAAAUCAGUGAAGAGAGUUUUUUUUUAAAUGAAGUGCACUGAAUUGUUUGGCACAGUGGUUGCCUCAAAAUUGUCUGCAUCAGUGAUAGUUCUUUCACUGUUCCAGCAAUCUUCUCCAGCUGGUGGAGUCUGAAUCCAUUGUGACAUUCGAGCAAGCCUAACAGUUCACACUGUUCCCAAACCAAUUUAUUUUUAAUCUCUUUCCCACUCCUCCCCCCGCCCCACUCCCCCACAAUCUAACUCGCGCUAACCCACCCUCAUACCAGACAGUAUUGCUAAGUUCAGAGGACGUGUGUGUGCUCUUUCUGGUCCAAGCCCUUUGACAGUGCCAAUCUCUAACCGGCCACUAGAAGAAGCGUUCUGCCCAUAUACAGCACUGCCGGGUAAAGGAACCAUUAUACAACCAGUCCAAGUAUGUCUGCUUUAACCGUGCUGGACUUGUGCUUUACAUCAUCAGGUUAUGCUACUUAUAAUACAGUUGGUUACAGCUCCAAGUUAACCGGGUUUGCACAACAUCCAUCAUUUUAUUUUGCCAUGCAACUUGAUUCCAGCAUCCUCGAAAGACAGCUUCAGUUUCUAAAUAACUAUUUGAAAUGACUUCUGCAUAAAUGUUGCAAUAAGUAUGUAAUGUAUGAUGACCCUCAUUUGUUGUGUAUUAUUUAAAGGCUGAAUAUAGUAGUCAAUAUUCAACCAGGGUAUGUAACAGAAGUAGGGUUCACCUGACUGCAUAGUCAAAACGAAUGAAACUUGAAUGGUUUUACAACAUUAUCUGAAUGUCCGAGAUGUGUUAUAACUUGUAAAAUACUGUGUCGCUGUGUGUUUAACUGUAUCUCAUGGUUUCCACAUAAAGUAUAUUCUGUUUCGGC